AUGUACGCCAAUAAACCAGUUCCAGAGGAAGGUAGCUCACCAGUCAAGUUCCUCAAGGCGAAACCCAAGAGCAUUAACAGUGCUGUCCCCGCUGAGCUGGCCAAUAUGGCGUUGGACGUGGCUAUUGCGCAGAAGAACCUCUCCCUGGUCCUGGCUAUCAUUGAUAACACCUUCUGCGCACCUGCUUUCCACCGUGCGAAGGUCUUCAAGAAGGCCAGUGUUCCGUUGAUUGGAUUGGCUGUGGCCCCUGCUGCAUGCUAUGCCCUUGCUACAUGGGCAGCCACUUUCCAGAAUACUAUGGAUCCUAGCACCGCGACUGGUAUUGCCUUUGCUGCUUCCUUGGCUUAUGUUGGUGGUACAUCGUCUCUCGGAAUUAUGGCUAUCACCACAGCCAAUGAUCAGAUGGAGCGUGUGGUCUGGUUGUCUGGCAUUCCUUUGAGACAGCGAUGGCUGCGGGAAGAAGAGCGUGCGGCCAUGGAUAGGGUUGCCGUGGCUUGGGGUUUUAAGGACCCGUAUAUGCGUGGCGAGAAGAAGUUGGUGAAGAGUGGGAGAGUCUUCGCGAGUUCAUUGGCAUGCGCGGCAUGGUUUUGGAUAAGACAGAGUUGA